AUGCCCAACGUUGACCUUCGCACAAAAAAGAUCCGGGACGGCGUAACAGCCGAGGAGUUGUUUCAGGGUGAUGGCCUCACGUACAACGACGUAAUUAUCCUUCCGGGCUUCAUUGACUUUGGCGCGUCAGAUGUGCAGGUUUCAGGGCAAUUCACAAAGAAAAUCCGGUUGCAUCUUCCCAUCGUCGCGUCUCCGAUGGAUACCGUAACGGAGAGUGAGAUGGCCCGCACAAUGGCGUUGAUGGGGGGCAUCGGCGUGCUACAUAAUAACUGUACUGUUCAAAGACAGGCGCAGAUGGCGCGCAGUGUCAAGCAGUUUCGCAAUGGAUUUAUCAUGAAGCCCAAGUCUGUGAGCCCGGAUACGCCCAUCUCGGUCAUCCAGGAGAUAAACGCCGAAAAAGGGAUCAGUGGCAUCCUAGUGACAGAGGAUGGUCGACACGACGGCAAGCUGCUUGGUAUUGUCUGCUCAAAGGACAUUGAUUUUGUGAAGGAUGUGUCGUUGCCGGUGUCGCAAUUCAUGACAAAACGCGAAAACAUGACGGUGGAGCGGUACCCCAUUCGUCUAGAGGAGGCGAUGGAUGUGCUAAACCGCAGCCGACACGGAUACUUGCCCGUCUUGAAUGACAAAGGGGAGGUCAUGUGCCUCUGUUCUCGUCGCGAUGCGGUGCGUGCACGCGUCUAUCCGAACAGCAGCCUCGAUCGCAAUGGACAUCUGCUGUGUGCCGCUGCGACCUCCACACGGGAGGAGGAUAAGGCACGCGUCAAGGCACUCGCUGCUGUCGGCAUAGACGUUCUCGUGCUGGACAGCUCGCAGGGCAACACCAUCUAUCAGGUGUCAUUUAUAAAAUGGGUGAAGAAGUCAUUUCCCCAUUUGGAGGUGGUGGCGGGUAAUGUCGUGACGCAAGACCAGGCCAAGAAUCUUAUUGAUGCUGGCGCCGAUGGCAUUCGCAUUGGCAUGGGAAGCGGCAGCAUCUGCAUCACGCAGGAAGUCCUUGCAUGCGGGCGCCCACAGGCUACGGCAGUUUACAAGGUGUCGCGCUACGCUGCAUCACGUGGGGUGCCAUGCAUGGCAGAUGGCGGUCUGCGAAAUGUUGGUGACAUUUGCAAGUGUCUUGCCAUUGGCGCAAACACCGCCAUGCUGGGCUCCAUUUUGGCUGGUACCUCCGAGACACCGGGAACCUACUUCUUUAAGGACGGUCUUCGUCUCAAGAGCUACCGUGGUAUGGGAAGUCUGGAGGCAAUGUCGCAAGGGAAGGAGUCCGGGAAACGUUAUCUCUCAGAGAAUGAGAGUGUGCAGGUGGCGCAAGGUGUAUCUGGUACAGUGCUGGACAAGGGUUCCGUGACGAAGCUACUCGCGUACAUCCACAAGGGUCUGCAGCAGUCAGCACAAGACAUUGGCGAAAUCAGCUUUGACGCCGUACGGGAGAAGAUGUAUGAGGGAGAGGUGUUAUUUAACCGUCGCAGCCCCAUUGCCCAGAUGGAAGGUGGUGUUCACUCGUUGCACUCGUACGAGAAGAACUUGUUCACCUCAAAGCUGUAG